GGUGCAGGGCGGGCUUGCCUGCAUCAUACUGCGAGCUACGGGUUCGAACACUGCCUAGACGUCCUGUUGGGCCGCCCAGACAUCGAAACAGAUGCAAAGGACUGCUUGGGGGACACAGCGCUGCACCUAGCAGCUAUCAAUGGCUUCCCUAUGUGUGCCUUCAACCUCACAAAAGCCGCACCUGAAACCUGCCUCAUCGCCAACAACGCGGGGCAGACGGCUAUAGAUGUGUCAGUAGCAAACGACCGAGGAGAGGUG